GGGGAGGGGUGGAAAUAGGGCGAUGAAGGCUUAUUUCCAGGAAAUACAAAUUUCACCGAUUUUUACAAAUUCUUCUUAUCGUCAGCAAUAAAUUUAGACGUCAGAUGUCUUGCGACUUAUAACUAUUUUCAAAUAGUCUCCCCGGCACUAAGGCACGCGAUUUAAUUUAAUUUUUUAAAUAUUAGAUACAAUUAAUUUUGUCAAUUUACUAAACUAUGUACAAUUUACACACAAGACACAAGUAGUAGGUCUACUUUGAAGUAGGCCUUUUUACAACUACAAGAUUGCCGACACUGAAGUAUCCUAAACUAUUGCGUGGGCGUGGGAUUUACUGGGAUUUCAAUACUACUACUUCUACUGGUAUCAGACAAGGCUGCACGGAUACUGAAGGCUUAAAAAAUAAACGUCUGUAAACGUGAGGUUUUAUAAAUCAGCUGAGUCUAAGUAAGUGGUAAUCCUAAGUUUUCACAUUAAUAAUUAAUACCAAAAUUAUAAUUUGGUGACGUAGACUUUUAAUUUAAAUAGACUCUUUAUCUUUAUGUCUUGUCACUUUUCAUUAUUAGUAUCUUGACUAACAUUUAAGCUUGACUUCCACUCACUCACAAUGUUACAAAAAAUUAUUUGAGUUAAAAUAACUUAACUUAAAUUAAAUAGAUACUAGUACUAGAUAAUCUAAAACUCAAGAUACUUAGACAGGCCUAAUAUUAUUUAAUAUUAUGCUUUUGAUUUUGUUGACUGAACUCUUUGAGGUCAAACAUAAAAACUAGUAAUACUGGUACUUGUAACUGAGCUAGGCCUAAGUGCCACUGUAGUCUUACACUGUAGUCUGUAGACUGUAGUGGUACAAUUGUUUAUUCUUGUGUUCAUAACUCAUUCAUUAAGAACUUAAAAGUCAAUAAGUAUAAGUUUAGUAAAGCUUAUUAGGUAGGCUACAACUAAAACUUUCCAACUAGUUUUAGUAGGCCCCUUGCCCUUGGCAUAGUCUCAUACAUACUAGACCUAGGCAUUAAAUAAUAUUUUAUAAGCCAUUAUAGGCCUUGUCUAAGGCUCUAGUUCGUGCUGUAAAUUGUACAUUGUAGGGCCUAAGUAUAAAAAUGUUUUACGUUUACUCACUGCACUGGUAAGGGAAUGUAAUAAAGGCUGUUGUUACAGGUUUCGGCAGCCUUUUGCCACUUUUGGUAAUAGUGUGCAUAGAUAGGAUUAGGAUUUCUAAUUCAUUCACGUGUCAAAUACAAAUAUAGGCAUAGUCCUAUUCAAUGAAUCCUUAUAUCAUAAUUAUAUGAUUAGGCCCUAUUUCUCUAUUAUAUAGAAAAUAAAACUAAAUCCUUGGAUUAUAAUGAAUUAGCAAUAAUUGAACUCAAUUUAGUUUAAAAUAACUUUAAUCUAAAUUAAUUUACAAGAGCAUAUGAAUGAACUAUUAAAUUAAAGUAGUAGAAACUCAUAGCAAAAGUCUUCUGCUGAAAUUUUCUUUUUUUAAAAACAUCAUUUAAAUUUAAUAUAUAUUUUUUACUAUUUACUGCAUUUAUAACUUAUUUAUUACUCAUAUUCAUUACUCAUAUUCAUUACUGUCUCUAGCUGAGUUUUAUUACGCAAAGUUCUUCUUAUGGGGAAAAUUCAUGUGCAAGAGCAACAGUAUCUCCUGGUUGCGUUACUUCAAAAUCAGGUAAAUUUUAUGUUGUUUAUUAUUAUUAUUACAGUGGUCUUAUAAUGCACGGUACCCCAUUAUUAUUACCAAAGUACAUAAUUUGCAUGAAAAAAAAUGCUUUUGGUGCCCUUAGAUUUUGGCACCCAGAGCCUAUGCUCCCUCAGGCCCCUGAUUUUCAUGGCCCUGGUUUUGUGUUAAGUUGUUAAGUCUGUUCCAUAAUUAAUGAUAUGAGAUUAGAAAUGUUUAGGGGCUGUGUAAUGAGCAGUUAUAUUUUAACAGGAACUGCAUAAGUUUGGUCAUUUUUGAAGAAUCGGAUGAAGAAAGUUUUGUUGGGCUUUUGAUUAAUUUCAACAAUUUUUAGUCUUAUAACUAAAGGUUUUAGUAAAAGGCAGGCAGUUGAUAUUUUGUGCCUAUAGCAUCCCCAGCUUAAUGGUAGCACUCCGCAAAUUAGAGGGUACUUAAUUUAGUAAUUCCCUUUUGACACUUGCACUGCAUUCUUUUAAAUCUUAUGAUUGACACACACAAAAAAUGCAUUAAUUUUUUUACAGAUGAACAACGGUUACCUCCAUUACUCGACACACAACUUUGAAGAAAGUAAUGUCCACAUUUAUGAACUGACAAAAGGAAAACUCUGGUGGCUGGUCGUUGAUUGAAUUAAAGUUUGUAUGUGACAUUUUUAAAAAAACCAUUUUGCCCUGACAGCCUAGUUAAUCCCCAAAAAUUUCCAACACCAUUUUCAGCUCAGUUUUUUCCCCUGUUAAUAAGAAAAUAACUGAAAUAUUUUGAGGUCGCCUUCAUAAGAAUUUGCUGCUGAACAAAUGUAAAUAUUGCUGUUCAUCCUAAAUCUGGUUAAGAAUGAUUAUGCUUUCUUAAAUCUUUGUCAUCAGUUCCCAAUUAUAAUUUAUUUGUUAGCAGUAUGGUAUGAAAAAAAAAUGUGAACAUUUUGAUGGUCACAUUUGCCAUACAUAGUGUGAUGAUUUCCAGCACCGAGGAAUACAGAAGAGACAGAGUGGCUAUGAAAUAAUAUUUUGGGUGUACAACAUGUUAUAUUGUGUAAUGGGAACCACAUUUUAAGGGGGUGUGUCAAUGUUGAUUUCUUUUUGAUUUUUUGGCCAGCAAAAUAUUGGCUUUAGCAAUUCCACUUUCAACUACCGGUACUAAUUUUGAUUGGCUUGCAUGUAAUUAUUUUAAUAAGUUAUAUUGCAUGCUUAGAUACAAGUUUGUCAGUCAUGGUGUGGGGAAAUUAUUUUUUAAAGUUCUUGUAAUUUAAAAAAUGAAAAGAAAAAAAAAGGAACAGAUUCCCAGAAGUAACAGAUUCUCAAAGUAAUAGAUUUUCAAAGUAAUAGAUUCUCAAAGUAAAAGAUUCUCAAAAGUGGCUGGAAUGAAGUAAAAACUUUUUGAGAAUGUGCAAAAGAAAUAGAUUUCAGUAAUAAAUAUAAUGGUAGUUUAUUUUUGUGAUUAUUCACAUAAGUUGGGAGUAUGCAUGUUUGAAUUAAGUUAAAGUUUAAGGUUCUCCAAUCCAGUAAAAUUUUAUGACAUUGAAGACACAUAUUUGUAUUUAAAAUACUAUAAUUUUAUGCUUAAAUGGGACAUGUCUGUUAAGAAAUCUAACAGAAGUGUCUUUUUUUUUUUACAGAAAAAUUCUAUAAGAGAAGCAUCAUAAACAAGUCUGGUGUUAUUGCCCUAACAAACAAUAAGUUGGUGCCAUAUUAAACAUCUACUUAAGAUCUCCAAGCUGUGAUAUAAUUCUUGCGCUUUCUCUUGUUCAAGCUGCUGCAUCAUUCACAAACCAACCAUCCUUCUUCAAUAAACAUUGAAUUGAGAAGUUUUCAAGGGAUUAAAAGAGAACUUGAUUUCUUUUUAUUUGGAAGGCUUGCAUCAGCUUUACUAUUAAUCAGCAUUAAUAUAAACAAUUUUGUAUUUCUUACUGCGGCUGCAGAGAUUUUAUAACAUUCUACAACUGGAAAAAAAAAACCCACCAUAACACUUCUGCAAUUCUUUGUAACAGAUUUAAUUUAUAACCUUAAAAAAAAAAAAAUAAAAAAAAUCUACUAAAAAAUUAUUUAAAGACAUCAACUGGAAACUGAACUGAAUGAAAAAUAAGUGAACAAUUUUUUAUUUUACAGAAUCCAAUAACAUAAAAAAAAAGAUUUUAUAACAUUCUACAACUGGAAAAAAAAAAACCCACCAUAACACUUCUGCAAUUCUUUGUAACAGAUUUAAUUUAUAACCUUAAAAAAAAAAAAAAUAAAAAAAAUCUACUAAAGAAUUAUUUAAAGACAUCAACUGGCGACUGGACUGAAUGAAAAAUAAGUGAACAAUUUUUUAUUUUACAGAAUCCAAUCACUUAAAAAAAAUAAUAAUAAAGUGUUUACAAAUACAUCCAAGUGCUUUUACGAUCUGGAGUCUAGGGAAAGAAUGUCCUCAAAUAUUGAGUGUUUAUCUGCAAAAAAGGAUUUAAAAAUGAUAAAACCAAAAUGUGAGGGGAUAGAUGUCAAACAGCUGGAAUUGCAUGAAGUAAAGAGAAACAAAUCAAGCAAUACACACUUCAUUGCUAAAGUGCACAGAGCGUCAAGUUUUAGUCAAGAUGGACAGGAUACAGAUUUACUUGUAGAUGCAGGUUUUUAUUGGAAGAGUGAGUCUUACCUUAAACUUUACUUUAUUAUGAUUUUGGGUCUUCUUUCCAUAAUUUUCAGGCAACUUUUAAAACAAAAGAGAUGGCCCCUAUUUGCUUCUUAUCAAUUUAAAUACCUCUGUUUCAUUAACUGUCAUAAAUAUAGUUUUCUCAGACCUGCCAAACCUUCCGAUUUUGUUGGAAUUAUACAGACAAACCCCUUAUUCCAAUUUUCCAAACAUUAUAAUUUUUCACCCGUCAUAAAAAUCCAAAAGCGAAUAAAAAAUUUUUUUUAAAAUUGGGUGCGACGGGAAGUGUUGCAUUUGCUUUUACAAAGUGUCUACAUGUCCGGUGACCUGAAAAAUAAGUGAAGAAGUUCUCAAGAUUUUCGUCCGGCUAUUAUAUAUUCGACCAAGUCACAUGACCGCCAUAACAAAGUUGUGCGAGAUAUUUGUCCAUCAACUUUGUGACGUGACCGCUAACAGUCGAUCAGAGUUUACAGUACGUCAUUUCAACAAAUUAAAGAUAGUCUGGACAUUUACAUGAAAAAGAAAUAUGUUCAAUUCUACUAAAGAAAUACUAGAAUCAUUGCUGUUAUUUAUAAUGAACAAUCGGUUAAAAAGUGACAAUGUUAAAUAAAGUUUGAUAUGCCCACCGGAUGAAUAUCUCCUGCAUUAUUUGUCCGGUCGCCUGACCUGUAGCCACCGCCUUGUUUUUCCAAACCGCAAUCUCCAAACCAUUCUUCAAUCAUUAAUUGAUCUGAUCAUGAUUCAUCCUUUUACAAUACUAACAAAUAAUUCAAACUUUUUUUUUGUUUUUGUUUUUUGUUGAAGCUUUUCUUAAUUAAAUGAGAAAUCUAUUGAAAGUGGUUGGUACAAUGAUAUUAAUAAACAUAUUUUAACACAAAAAAAACCAUUCAACUGAAAUUAAAAGUAAAAGCAGUGAUGCAGUGAAUUUACGACAUCCAUCCAUCGUCGUAUCGGACGUAAGGAAUUGGACGAUUCAGUUAUCAGAUCUGAAGUUUUAUUGACCACCUAUUUAUUGAAGUAAAUAUUUCUCUAGCCAACCCCGAUCGUUUUAAAGCCAAAAGAGAUGUUAUGGGACUUGCAGUUUGCUAGAAAAUUGUGAAGAAAAAUUACAAUGAAACAAGGGCAAGCAUGAAAGUUGAUACUCUUUCUAACUUGUUCGUAACUAAAAUCAAUUAUUCCAAUGCUAACCUUCAAUUGUCGAAAGAGCAGUUGGACAAGUGCAAAAGGCCACUAGGGAUAUGCUGGAAAAUUGAACUCAUAGCAACCUGUAUACAUAUGUACCGGUAAUAAUAUGGAUAUUCUAUUCUGUAUGCUGUAUAUAUCUGUAUAUAAAACAUUUCCAGUAAUGUUUUUCUCAUGUUCUGUGGUGUUCUGUGAACUCUUCAAAGAAAAGGGAGCUAACUUUAUAUUUCUUUAUUUACAACAAAAAAAAGGCUUGUGCAUUAGUAUGUAGAUCUUAAACCAACGCCCCCCAGGGGGCAGUGCUCCUCCUUCCCCUCCGGCGUGCACACCUACACAUUUUUUUUUCUUGGCAGGUUGGCAGUGUCUUAUUUAAAUAGUUUGUUACUUCCAUAAAUGUUUUAGUAAUAGAUUUUAAGAGAAAAAAAAACAUUUGAUUCUCCUAAAGUGUGUUAAUGAAAUUUGGAAUUGUCCAAUUUUCAAUAGAUAAUAAAUUUUAUUUAAUUUUAUUAUUAUAGUGAGAUAGGCAAACAGAAUCAAAAGAACAAUUUCAUAAGGCUACACAACCUAAAGUGAUUGUAACAGAAUUUAAUUAUAAUAAUUAUUUCCAUAAUCAUAGCAAAUUAACUGAGGAAAAUAAUUGCGAAAAUUCCCCAGAUGAUGAGCUUUGCUGCUACUCAUGUGAUGUCAGAGUUAAAGCCCAGGAGUGUAACAAACCCUUUGAUGCCCACCAUGAGACGUGUGACCACAUCAAAUUGAAACAGAUGGAUGGAUGUGAAAUAAAGGCAGCCCAGGUAGAGCUUGUAAACUAAAACUUUGCCCUUGACCAUUUAGGUUUACUCAAAUAAAUUUCAAUGAAGCAACUUAUGCAGAGAGAUUUUUUAAUGUGUGAACAACAUAUGCAGAGAGAUUUAUAAAUAUAUACUAGACUAUUUCAGCCAUCCAAAUAAUAAUAAUAAUAAUAAUAGUAAUAAAGAUUAUUUAAAAAUCAUACUUAAUCCCCAAAGACUUGAAGCAUGGCACAUACCACAUUGAAGUACAAAAUUCAACAUUACAAAACUACAUACAAGAAUACCCAUUCUAAGUCUUUCAUACCUUGCAACCAUAAACAACACAGGCCAACAUAUAUCUAAAAGAUAAUAGCUAGAUAGACAACAUCACCCCAGCAGGUGUUUGCAAAAAAGACAAUUCUUAAAAUCAGUUUUGAAAGACUCCAGUGUGUGGCUGUUUCUGAUAGCGAUAGGAAGAGUGUUCCAAAUUGUUGGGCCAGCAAAUGCGAAAGUGCGUCCCUUGUGAGUCUCAAGACGAACACGUGGUAUUGAGAGUUUGCCACUAUCAGAUGAGUGGCGUUGUCUAGUGGGUACAUAGAUGGAGCGACAUACAUAACAAUUAUAAAUAACUUUGGUCAUAUGCAAAGACUAACUUUAUUAAUUAAAAACAUGGAGGCCUUAUCAAUAAAUUUUUGUAGAUUAAAAACAAAGAAGAUAAUUUCCCCCAUCUUAUAUUAUUUUAAAAUAUAAAUUUUCACUAAAUUAAAAAAGAGCAAUCUUCUUUUAUGCGACCAAUUAAAAUGGGAUAUAUGUAAAAAUUAAUAAAUUGUUGAAUUCUACCUAAUCAUCUGAAUGAGAUGAUGCACUUUUUUUGCAGCACCACAUACAAUGGUUUAACUCAUCCACAUAUUUUGUAAAUUGGACAUAGAAAUACAUCUUUAUAGUGUUUGCCUACUAAAAAUAAAUACCAUGAUGUAUCCAUAACAAUUUGCAUUACGAAUGAUAACAAACAAAUAUGUUAACUUAUCUGUAUUAUGAGCCUAAUUCUAAUACACUAGCCCCAAGUCAAACACUUUUGUAAGUCACUAAGUGCCAUCAGAUAACUUCGAACAAUAAGUACUAAAGUGAAUUAUGGUUUUCACUAAGCUGCAUGGCUAUACUCAGGCGGCGCUAUUCCCCAUGGCGAUGUGCCACUAAUUUUUGGAAUGAUAAACAGACAAUAUUGAAAACUUGUAACCCUUUUUUUUAUUUACUCUAACUUCAUAAUAGUCUAUUAUUUUCUAUUUUUGUUUUUAGUUGGGGGGUGGGGUUGUGUGUAUAUCCUUGCAACCUGGGGGCGGGUGUUACAUUCUGUUAUAAUAUGGUUUAAUUUGUUAAAAGAUUUGGCUCACUGAAUGAACAAUAGGUUACAAAGGACUUAAAAAACCAGUAUACAAAGAAAAACAAUACCCAAGCUAGUGAUAGUGACAAUAUUCAAUUUAAUUAUACUUUAAAUUUCUAUAAAAAUGCUAAUUAAAAUAUACAGAAGCAAAGAAAAAUUUUAAGCAAGUUAGAGAAAUACAAAUAUUAAUUUACACACACCAUAAAAAGUACAAUAUUGCGAUUAUAUAAUGCUCGUAUAUGUCAAGGAAAAUUUGCAAAAACCUCUCUGAGUUAGGAAUGCUGCCAGCCUAAAUACGAGGAAUAAAUUAGAGCCAUCCAGAAAAGAAAUACUCGAAAUUUGGGUCAUCUGAUAGCAUUCUUUAGAAAAAAUAGAAUGUAUUUGAAUGUAAACAACAUUACCCAUUCAAGGGAGGGGUGGAUAAAAGGAGUAGCACAGCCUAUUCGAUUGAUGACAUCAAUAACAAAACAAAGGGGUGAUGGUUAUUCCAUAACAGAGGGGGUUGAAAUUAUAAUGCACAUACUAUAUGGAUGGCCCCUUAUAAAACAUUUAAAUCUAAAAAUAGACAUUCUUUUUUUUUUUUUUAAACUAAAUAAAUAGUAUUUAUAAUUCAUAUCUCAAUUAAAAGUUGUUCUUGAGACCAGUCUACCCCCUCCUCUUUAUACCAUGCACCCCCACACCCACCCCCUUUCACAUUAAUUUUAUCUGGUCAAAGUUGAUUUACUUUUCUUCUUGUGUCUCCUAUUUCCAUUUAUUAAAAUUCUUUAUUAAGUUGUUUUUUGUGUGUUUUUUUUUUAUUAUCCAGGAUGAUUUUCUUAAACGUCAGCCAGAAGGUGACCCAGAAGGUGACGUAUAUUUAUUUACUAUUAAUUUUUAUGUAAUUAUUGAUAGUAAAAAAUUAAUGAUUCUUUAUUUUUCAAAAAUGAACCUCAUUUUAUCAAAAGAACAGCAACAUGUUGUAACAGCCAUGUUGUCAACAAAACAAAACCAUAGUGUUAAUUUUAUACAUAAUUUUUUACAUAAGCAUUUUCUUAUUAAGUUGGUAUUUAUGAGAGUUAUGUGUAACAGAACAAUAUUUUAUAUUUAAUUACUCUGGUAAGAGAAAAAUAUAUUGCAUUUAAUUUUUUCAGUGAGAACAAAAUUUAAAAUCAAAAUAACAUUUCCAAUUGAAUUUAAAAAGCAAUAAAAUAAGAAAUAAAAGAGUGCUAUCUGUCUUUAAACAAAACUUUAAGAAUGUUUAUUUGUGUCAUAUAUGGUAACAGCUGAUCACGAAUGCCUCAAGUGCAAGACAAAGUGGCGUGUGAUACUCUAUACUGGCUGUGGGCACCUAGUCCUCUGCACAGACUGUUUCCUAGAAGAGCUACACUCAGAUCCUAAACCAGACACAGAUUCAGCAGCUCAAGACAACUCCAUACCAGAUGGAGCAAGUCCUCCAUCGCCUUUACAGGACACUGCAGAACCAGAAAAUCAUUUCAUCAUCUGUCCUCUGGAAAAUUGUCAGAGACGAUCAUAUUACUACAUAAGGGUUAAAAGGAACUGACAUUUUCUUGUAAUUUUUCUAUUGUUUGUUUUUGAGGGGAUGUGGGUUGGGGGUAAGGGGGGAUGUUCUUAAACUUUUUAAUCAGAGGGCUGGUUCUGGUUGUGGGUGAAAUAGCAAAACGAGGUAUGUGUGAAGCUUGAAUAAGAUAACAGGACAAAAAACAAGGACGUUGCAUUUCGGCAUAAAGCCUUCCUCAGCCAAUAGUAGAAAUGAAAAUAUAACAAAGAAUAGAGCACAGUAGACAACUCAAGAAGUAUCCAUUCGUGUCGCCAUACCUAAUAGUCAUCUAAAUAGGGCCUUUUUAUCUUUUACGAGAUGAUGGCCGAAUGAGGGGGCAUGAUUUCUGAUAUGUUUUAAAAACAAUGAUACAGAUACUACACGAAUGGAUACUUUAUGCUGAAACGUCCUUGUUUUUUGUCCUGUUAUCUUAUUCAAGCUUCACACAUACCUCGUUUUGCUAUUUCAUUCAUUUACUAAGCUUGAAAGCAGUCCUUUCAUUUAUAUUUUCUGGUCGUGGGGCCUGGCUAUAGUUAAACAAUAUUAAUAAAUUCCUAUGCACUCUGCAUAUCUUAUUGAUAGUGCCAAAAGCACCAAAAAAAAAAACAACAUUAAUAUAAAUUGAAGAACAACUUUAUUCAAUAUAAACUUUUUAGUAUUUAAAUGGUAAGUGUGGGCAUGCAUUUGGCUAAAGAGGUGGUCAACAUCCUGUUCCAUAUCAGACACCCCUCUCCUAGUACCAGUGUGACAGCCAGGCGGGUUAGGUUAGGGACCUCGAUGGGCCAAGCGUGCCAUAGUUUUAGGACCCCUGUCUUUGAGUUUUACAAGCAGCUUGUUGAUAGAUGAUCAAAGAUUAACCUAAUUGGGGCUUACUCAAUUAGCCUCUAGUAGUUCUUGCAGUUAUGCAUCCUGAAUCAAACGAUAUAGAGGGGCAAAGAGUUUUUAAAGUAUGCAGGCCUAACUGAUAAAUUAUGAUUUUUAUACAAAAAUAAUUAGGAUGUACUAGGAAGUUAUGAAGUUGAAC